AUGGCUUGGCACGGGGGCUUCGGCCCUCGGGGCUUCGAUCUGAUUACAGACGAGGAGAUCUUCGAGGACUACGAGGCGGUCGUGCCCUUCUACGCGCUGGCCGGCCUGGGCGUCGCCGUCCACUGCGCCCCGCCGGGCAAGGCACCCGACGACCCCUGCCCCACCACCGUGCACGACUUCCUCGGCUACGAGCUCUACACGGAGCUCCCCGGCCACCGCUUCCGCGUCACCGACCCGUCCUUGUACGACGCGUUCGUCGUCCCGGGCGACCGCUUCGUGGAGCAGCUCAGCGUUGACCCCGAGGCGGUCGUGGUCGUCGGGGUGCGCGGGGCAGCGUGCCCCAUGAGGGUGAUCUCCAACCUCACCGGCGCGGUGGGCGUGGAUCCCGAAGGCGGGAAGCUCGUGACGGCGGCGAGCUCGGACCUUGCCGAGUUCAUAGCUCACCUCGUGGAUCUCUUGGGCAUCACCGUCUCCUUCUGA